ACAUCUAAGAUGGCGUCUAAGAUGACUACGUGACAGAAGGUGUCGUUGCCGUUUGGCUUGCAGCAUGAAUUUUGCACAGCAGAAAAAAAAAUGAGCCUUGAUCGAAAACGAGUUGAAUAGUAGUUCGAGUUGCUGUGAAUAACGAUGGAUGACAUUUCUCUCAGGAAGCGACAGCUCGACGACAAACUAGCUCAGGAGAAAAACAUCUUGGCUUUUCUUAAAGACAGUUUGGAAAAGACUGAUCAAAUUACGGGGAAUAUGCUUGAUAUCUUGUCCAAGUUUGAGGUUCGUAUACAUAAACUGGAAGACACCAUUGUUCCUGUUCAUCGGGAAACUGAUGACUUGCAAAGAAGACAAGCUAAUAUUGAAAAAUGUUUGUCAGCGUUGGAUCAUGUGAUUAGUUAUCACCAUGUCUCUACUAAUGUGGAACAUGUCAUCAGAGAGUCCCCCACAGGUGAACUUGAUGCUUAUAUAAAAAAUCUGGAAAGAGUGUUAGAUGCAAUUGAGUUCUUUAAGCAAAACAAUCCCAACUGCAUGGAGCUCUCUAACCUGACUUCUUUGCGUGAUUACGGACGAGACUCAUUAGAGAAAGAAUUCCGCUUGAUUUUAAACAGGCACAGUAGACCUGUACCUGUUGAGAUGAUCAUAAAACUGGUGGAGAAUGAGACAGAAGAUUCAAAGGAAAUUGUCAAGCUAGAGCAUUUAUCAGAGAAAGUUUUGGAAGAUUUAUGUACCAUUACCCAUUGGCUGAAUGGACCUGGAUAUGAUGAAGUUGUAGAUUUUAUGAGUGUCUAUGCCCAAAUCAGAUCUAAUUCACUUGUGCGAUCUUUACAGGGGUUAAAAGAUUCUUUUGUCAGCAAAGUGAAGUCUGCUCCAGGUGGGAUAAACACACCCACAAGAAAAGGAACAGCUAAAAGGAGAGAGUUGCGUCGUGUUCCCUCAAAGUCAGAACAUCAUGGUCUUCCUCGUCGAACCUCGGCCAUCCCAACAGAUGUUGGCACUUCCAAAGAAGAAGAAGAGGAAAUUGAUGGUGCAAACUACAUUGUGUUCUGUAAAUCUUUGCUGAGACUCAUACAGAGUGAACGAGAGCUAAUGAAGAGCAUCAUUCCCGAGCAGAGUCAAAGCACUACUUUUGACACACUUAUUCAGGCCGCUAUGGAGGAUUUCAUUGCCGAAGGAGAGUCCAUAAUAAAUAUCCUAAAGCGACAUUUCGGCAAGCACAACUACUCCGCCAUUCAGCAGGUGUUUCCGAUACUCAAGGCCUUUAAUGCCAUUCAGCCUGAUUUCUACGUUACACUGCAGGAGACAUUUCACAGCACUCAAAGACAGUUCCCUACUCUUAUUCAUGCCUUGGAGUCCGUGUCUGCUAAGGCCUUGGACGAUUUUGCGGACGGCAUAAAGCAUGGCCCUGAUAAGCAUUCUAACAUGCCAAGCGAUGGAACAGUUCACGAACUCACCAGAAAUACACUGAUUUUCAUGGAGCAGCUCCUGCCUUACACUGAAACAGUAGGAAGCAUGUUGGUAACAAUGCAAGAGGACCAGAGUGGAAAUUUCUUGACAAGAGAAACAGAACUCUUCGUGAAAUUUGUCUCUGAAUAUAUUCAACGUGUGCUUGGGGCACUGGGUCUGAAUCUUGAGCUCAAGGCAAGAGUAUACGAGGCACCAACGCUCAGCUCUCUCUUCCUUCUGAACAACUACAAUUACAUAGUAAAGGCCUUACAAAGGUCAGGUCUUCUAACCCUUCUUCAAGAAGGUGGAAUUACAGGAGUUGAAGACCAAUACCAGCAGUUGAUCACUGAGCAUAAGGGAACCUAUCAAAAAUGUUGGAACAAAGUUCUUAACGUUUUAUUGGAAAUGGAGAAACCAAUGUCAGGUCAUAAAGCAAAUGAUCCACAAGCCAAGUUGAAAGACAAACAGCGACAAAUGAUAAAGGACAAGUUCAAGGGUUUCAACACAGAAUUUGAAGAACUAUACCAGAUACAGAAAACCUAUGCAGUCCCUGAUACACAGCUCCGAGAUCAACUACGGAAUGAAAAUGUGGAGCUAAUUCUACCCCUUUACACCACAUUUCGAGAGAAAUUUGCUAGUUUACCUUUCACAAAGAAUCCUGAAAAGUACAUCAAAUAUUCAGAGGAGGAUGUAGAAGUCAUGAUGAAAAAGUUUUUUGAUGUCUCGGCGUAAUUAUCUUCAUGUUGCUAUACGAAUUCAAUACAUAUUAUCGAUGGUGUUCUGUAAUUGUGAUUAAUUUUAAUUCAAGUUAAUGGCAUUUAUCGUUGCUGAAGUACACUUAAAAGACAAACUUGCUAAUUUUUUUAAGUCAUUUUUCCAGCUGCCAUGCGCAAAGUAAUCCAAAAGUAUGUCCUCAAUGUACUCAAAAAACAGAGGCGAACAUGUCACUUUGUAAAAUGAAUACUCCUUUUAUGAAGUUGAAACAGAUAAAAAAAUAAAAGGCAAGUUGUGUAAAAAUGAUAUUUUACACGUUCUA